CGUUGCCAUGGGAACCGCCCGCGUCCUGCAGAAGCGGCGAUGGCCGCCUACGGGGAGGAAGGCGGGGAGCCCCGCUACGCUUUCCAUCACCUCCCGCAAAAAAGCUUUCCAGUGCUGGAGAGCAGGGACACCCGAGACCGCCUCCUCAAGUGGUCCAUGGAUGGCAGAAUCGCUGCACAGGCAUUCAGCUUUGAUCAGAACUUCAAAGGCUACCAGAGGGAUGAUUUCAUUAUGGCCUUUUUUAAUCAUCCAGAUGUUAACAGCAAUUUGAAAUUGAUUUCCCCUUCUGGACAAUGGACUACAUUAGAUACCAGUGUGAGAAAAAUUGAUGUCAAGAAUAUUCUGUGCAAGCAAGUUUCCAUGUCAUUUUUUGACCGAUUAUACUGUAAAGGGGUUGUUCGAGAAAGUGGAAGCAUUGUAAAGUGUUUUGAUGAAUAUCACGAUGAUAUUCUCAUUGCUGAUGAGUUAAGAAAGGUACUUCUACUGGAAGAUUCAGACCACUAUGACUUAUUUAGCCAUUUAGACCGGGAGGAAUUUCUCUUCUGUCUUUUUAAGCAUCUUUGCCUUGGAGGAGCUCUUUGUCAAUAUGAAGAUGAACUUGGUCCAUACUUAGAAACCACAAAGGCUUUAUAUAAAGAACUUGUGAGUGUUCAAAAGGAUCCUGAAACUAAGGAAAUAAAAAUAAUAUCUACCAUUUUUAAAGUCUGCGCUUAUGAUGCUCAUGGCCUUUGUUACCCUUCAUCCAACAUCCAUGAACAGAAUUUUGCCUAUUUGAUUGUGAAUCCUUUGAAACGACACAUCUAUGUUUUGUACCACUCCUUUGGUGAAGCUUGUUUUUAUAAUUGACUCUCUUCUCAGAUAUAUUUGAUUAUUAGAGGGGUGGUUUUUUUAAAAAGUGUAACUUUAAUGAAUUAUAUUAAUAUUUAAUAAAUAAUAAUAACUUGUCAAGAUUCUGAUUUACAGUGAAAUCUAUUUUACCUAGACAUUGGGCACUGAUGUUGAUUUUGCACACAUGCUAUUUGUAUUAUUGUUGAAAACUGUAAGGCCAUACCAAUACUUGCAGAAUAUAUUCUCUAAAAUGUUUUGGUGCUCCUGUAUUGACUAAUAUUCUGCUGUUACAAAGUUUUCUUUUUAAAACUAGGUUGUUGCAUUGAUACAUUUUAACUUUAUUUAUUUUAUAUUUUUAAAAAACUAGCUUAAUAAAUUGCUGAUUGAAAAAAGAGCCUGUAUUAUUUCUUAAACAUGUUUUGGAGUAUGGAAUGUCCUUCUAUAUUUUUCUAACUAUUAAAGAGGUGUAACAUUUCCAAACUCUUA